AGCCAAAGAAAAGAAGUGAGCGACACUGUGAGACAGUAGCCAGAAGGGAGAACAGCCAGUCAGAGAAGGAGCAAAAGGAGAACGAAGGCUGUGGGAUCGGAGGUGAGAAUGGCUCGCCUGCGCUUGUACUUUGGUUCUGGCCGGAGUAACACUGCCCCUGAAAUACUGGAAGGAGACUCUGAAGAGCUGCAGGAUGGCACUGGGCUGGCCUCAUUGCUUCAUGAUCAGCGAAAUCUGCUACAGAGGACAUCGUUAGAUGACCACGUUCCUCCAAAUUUUUCUGGUUCACGCUCCGACUCCUCGCUAAAGCGCAGCUCUUCCAUGUUCAUACCACAGCUUGCUGCUUAUGUUGAGCCGCGGGCCACAAAGAGUUCCUCUGUGCAAAUUUCUCUUCAGCGCUCGGAUGGAUCAACUAACGGAGUUUCCACUGGAAGUACUGAUGGUGUGCCCCCACCUAGUUACACUCCACCAGGGCCAGCGCCUGCCUAUCCAGAGCCACUGGAUCCUGACGAAGGCCCAAGGCAGCCACCUCCUCCUUACUAUAGCCCACAGUCUUUGAACUCAACGCAGUUUUCAGUGCAGCCAAUUCACAGGGUAAUUAGUAUUGACUCUAGUUGUGAUGCUUCAAAUAGUGGUAGCCAAUCCGGUAUUAGUGUUGGCGGUAUUCGUAUCCAGAGGAAGUCUUGUGAUGGUGCCGACAUCCGUCAUCUCAGAAUCCUCCCGUAUGGGGCUUCAGGCUGGACAGUGCAGCAACCGAGCAACCUUGACCAGUGCUCUCAUCAUGACAGUGGAACUCAGCGGCUAGUUUUUCAGCUACAGCAAAAUCAGAACCAGGAUCAGAGACGAUUUGGACAACAAACUAAUGCAUCACAGCAGGAGGGCACCAAUGUCAGGCUUUUUGGUUCCGUUGGAAAUCGGAUGGACAAUCACUCAAGAGUGCAACCACAGAGGAGCUUGUCACAUCAAAUGCUUCUGCUUGAAAAUGAACAGAAAACUACAGAUGCUGUGAAAGAGCCUGUCAAGGUUGAUUUGAAACAACAGAGACUUAAUGCUAGGAGUCCAACUAAUGGCUACACUUUUAAAAUCAGUGGUGAUAACCCCAAAAGGCAGCCCUGUUUCAAAAUCUUCUUUAACCAGCAUGGAGAUUCAGCACAAAAGGAAGGUUUCAAGGUUUCAACAAGAAAUGGUUCAAAGAAAGUGCUAAAGGAACAGAACAAACUUGCUCUUCAAAACACUGUCUGCCAACCCCCAGCAUUAUUUUUGUUUAAACAAAUUGUGUUCCGCAUGCAGGCUUCAACCAAGAAUGGGCUUUUCCAUCUCGGACAGACCAGAGAUGACUUCCUUGGACAAGUCGAUGUCCCUCUCAGUCAUUUGCCGACUGAGGACCCUGCCUUGGAACGUCCUUACACAUUCAAAGACUUCUUGUUGCGCCCAAGAAGCCACAAGUCCAGGGUGAAAGGUUACCUACGACUGAAAAUGGCGUAUCUGCCCAAACAAGGAGGACAUGAGGACGAAGCUGGAGAAAUUAGGGAGGAGGCUGAGGGAUGGGAUGAAUCUGCUGACUCUGGUUCCCAGCGACCUCAACAGCUCUUGCCACCAUUGCCUCCUGGCUGGGAAGAAAAAGUGGACAACUUAGGACGCACCUACUACGUCAACCACAACAAUCGCACCACACAAUGGAAAAGGCCCACAAACAUGGAUGUUAUUUCAGAGACCGAAAGUGAUAAUCGUCAACGGCAGAUCCAUCAAGAAGCUCAUCGUGUUUUUCGAUCAAGAAGGCAUAUCAGCGAAGAUUUAGAAAAUGAACAUGUGGAGCCCAGGGAAGUGGAUAAUUCCUGGGAGCUCAUCACUGAGGAGGAUCCGAAUGACAGUUUGGCGCAGUCGCUGCCUAGCACCUCUUCCGCCCUGACACCACAGCCUCCACCAACACCAAUCUCUCAGAACUUCUCUGAUGAUUUAAGUCUACGGCUGUCACUUUCCCCUGAUUCAAAUAGUGAAAUUCCUGGAACCAGUUCUGGACUGACACAGUUGUCCAACAGACUUCGGUCCUCCAGUAUGACAGAUGGCGUUAGUGAUCAGGCUCUGGCUCCUCCUCCUACGCGGAGUUCCCACACCAGAAGAACAAGGGCUCAAACUGUCUCAGGUGGUGAGGAGUCAACGUCUCCCUCAGGGACAGCUUACACCUUGACCACCCCUGGCCUGCCCCCUGGAUGGGAGGAAAGGAAGGACGCAAAAGGACGAACUUAUUACGUCAACCAUAACAACCGCACCACAACCUGGACUAGGCCAAUUGUGCAGCUGACUGAAGAUGGUGCGAGCACUUCAGCUGCAGCUUCAGCAUCUGGUGGAGCUUCAGCAAUGGCACCCAUCCCCUCCACUUCCAAUGCCUCCAGCAACCAUCUCCAUGAGCCCCAAGUCCGACGACCGCGUAGCCUCAGCUCCCCAACCGUUACCCUUUCUACCCCCUUAGAGGGUGCCAGCAACAACGUCCAAGUGAGGAGGGCCGUGAAGGACACGUUCUCCAACCCUCAGUCGCCGCAACUGUCCCCCUAUAGCUCCCCGAAAUCACAACAUAAAACACAGCAGAGCUUUUUGCCGCCUGGCUGGGAGAUGAGAAUAGCCCCUAAUGGACGGCCUUUCUUCAUCGAUCACAACAGCAGAACAACCACGUGGGAGGAUCCAAGGUUAAAAUAUCCAGUCCAUAUGAGGAACAAGAACUCCAUGGAGCCUGGAGAGCUAGGACCACUGCCUCCUGGAUGGGAAGAAAGAGUUCAUUCAGACGGCCGCACCUUCUACAUUGACCACAACACAAAGAACACGCAGUGGGAAGAUCCUCGCCUUCAGAGUCCGGCCAUCACCGGACCUGCUGUUCCGUACUCCAGAGAGUUCAAGCAGAAGUACGAUUACUUCAGAAAGAAAUUAAAGAAACCGGCUGACAUCCCCAACCGGUUUGAGAUGAAACUUCAUAGGAACAACAUCUUCGAGGAAUCCUAUCGACGGAUCAUGUCCCUAAAAAGGCCAGAUGUCCUGAAAGCCCGGCUGUGGAUCGAGUUUGAGUCAGAAAAAGGGCUGGACUACGGUGGUGUUGCUAGAGAGUGGUUCUUUCUCCUAUCAAAGGAGAUGUUUAACCCCUACUAUGGCCUAUUUGAGUACUCUGCUACAGACAACUACACUCUGCAGAUUAACCCCAACUCCGGCCUCUGCAACGAAGAUCACCUGUCUUACUUCAAGUUUAUUGGCCGUGUUGCAGGAAUGGCUGUAUUCCAUGGAAAACUACUUGAUGGCUUCUUCAUUCGACCAUUUUAUAAGAUGAUGCUCGGCAAACAGAUUUCUCUCAAAGACAUGGAGUCUGUGGACAGUGAAUACUACAACUCUCUGAAGUGGAUUUUGGAGAACGAUCCCACAGAACUGGACUUGAGGUUUUGCAUUGAUGAAGACAAUUUUGGACAGACGUACCAAGUGGACCUUAAACCAAGUGGCUCUGACAUGGUGGUCACCAACGAAAAUAAGCAGGAAUAUAUCGACCUGGUCAUCCAGUGGAGAUUUGUCAACAGGGUCCAAAAGCAGAUGAACGCAUUCUUGGAGGGGUUCACAGAACUUAUUUUGAUAGAUCUCAUCAAGAUCUUCGAUGAAAAUGAACUGGAGCUUCUCAUGUGUGGUCUCGGUGACGUCGACGUCAACGACUGGAGACAGCACACUGUUUACAAGAACGGCUACUGUCCCAACCAUCCGGUUAUUCAGUGGUUCUGGAAGGUUGUCCUGUUGAUGGACGCUGAAAAGAGGAUUCGGCUCCUCCAGUUUGUCACGGGGACAUCCAGAGUUCCCAUGAACGGCUUCGCAGAACUUUAUGGUUCUAAUGGUCCUCAGCUGUUCACCAUUGAGCAGUGGGGAACUGCAGACAAGCUGCCACGAGCGCACACAUGCUUCAACCGCCUGGAUCUGCCCACCUAUGAGUCUUUCGAUGACCUGCGGGAGAAGCUGCUCAUGGCUGUGGAGAACGCGCAGGGCUUCGAGGGAGUGGACUGAAAGCACACCAGCAGCGUCGAACCAACAACCAAACCGUCAAACAAAAUCUGUAAAUGAAACAAAAAAAAAACAAAAAAACUUGGAUGUCAAACCAGCUGUAACAGUUCUGCACGCGCAUGUUGUGCUGUAACAGCUGUCUGUCAGUCCGAUCUACAACUUGAGCCAAUAUGCCUACUUUUUUUUUUUUUUUUAAUUCUCACUGCGGGACGGUGUUGAGGAAAUUACUCAUGUUGACAACCACAAAGAGACUUUUUGUAUUUCCUCAGCACCUGUGUGGAAAUCCCUGGUGCUGGAAAAACAUUUCAACAUCUUCUCUAUUAAGCCUCGGUGUCGCUGGGUUAUCAGCAUCAGGACCUUAGUCUGGACCCCACGUGCACUGGUUUUCUAACACAACCACACUACGACCACGACACUCUUAAGACCAACACCCGAUUACUUUAGGGAAGUCAGCCAAUCACCUUUCAGGAAAGGCGCCACACCCCCACUUUAUGUUCACACGCCACAUAAAUUGACAAGUGCAAUAUGUAAU